AUGGAUCCGGAUAGAAAUUUCAGUCCACCAGAGUUGAUGGUACCCCAGGACAAUUGUCCAACAUUCUCAUGUUUUUUGGAUUGCUGCAAACCGAAGAAAGGAAGACUGUGUCAAGAGGAGGAGGACGACGAUGUUGCAUCCGUAAAAAAGGGACUUCACGAGGAAGUGAAAGUGAAAGGGAAAAUGGAAAAAACGAAACAGGAAACCACCAGUAAAGCAGUUGUACCAUCCAAGAAUGCACUAUCGCGGAAAGCAGUUGUAGAAUUUUUGAAGAUGUUGCUGUCCUUCCUUCUCUUUCAGUCCAUGGGGAAAACUGGGGAACCGAAAAGCGAGGAGAGCGCCAAAUUGAAUUACGAGCAGGUGAAAGAAGACCGAGAGGACGUUCCAAUAUUGCAGAGAUAG